AAAAGCAAGCUGUAUGGACAGAAAGAUGGAGACAAAAGGUUUGGUGUGAAAUGUUCUUGAUGGCGAAAAAGUUAUAAAAAUCUAAUCAGUGUCACGUUUUUCCUAAAAUGCGGUGAAAUGUGAGUUAUUUCAGAUACUGCUACAAAUAAAUAAAGACAAGUUGAGAUGAACUAAUGUUCGAACGUGGCAGCUUGCGUGUUUCAAAUAAGAAGUUUGAGUUUUACUUUUACUUUGAAAUAUAUAACAUUUUUCAGGUGGAAAGAAAACUGACAUUUUUAAAUACACAGAAUUCAAAAAAACAUUAACCGAAUAAUUGGAAAAAAAAAAAAGAAAAAGAAAUUGGUUGCAAUAAAUGCAGUGUGUUUCCGAACUUAACUGCUCAUGACAAAUAAUGAUUAAAUAAGAUUUCAAUAAAAUUAACUUGAUCAGGACUGUUUCUGUCUUAAUUACAGCAAUCAAACUGGAAAAUAAUGCGCCAAGAAGCAUUUGACUGAAUAAAGGAACAGGAAUAAGUUUGUACAAUUUUAAAUUGAGGAUCAACAUAAAUUCUCCAAACUGGUUAUUAUCUUAGCUACAAAAACAUGUAGAUGUACUAAUAAUCACCAGUUGUACAAAAAGGAGGCACAUAAGGCAGUGCAAAUAUUUAGCACACUAACCUGCUUUGAAACAGUUAACCAAAUACAGGAUCCAGGAACAAGGGAGAAUCUAACUGGAAUUGUAUGAACUCCAAUAAAUGAAGUCUAUUCUCUGUUAAGAGUCUAGUCAUGCCGUCCACCCCCGCCCCACUUGUCCAGGUCUGGACCGAGUUCUCACCAAUCACAGAUGAAAACAGACACUGAUUCAUAAAUGAUUCACAGUGUGGGCAGGAGGCUCUGUGACUGUUAGCUGAACGGUGGGCAGGACGCUGAGAUUCUGAUAGCUCAGCUAACAAAUGGCACGGGGGCAGGGGCGGACGGAAAGAGCCAAUGAUGGGGAGAAGCCCGAUCUGUUUAGGAGAUGCAUGCAGAGCUGCAAGGAGUGGCGGAGAAGCAGAGCGGGUGCGCGAGCGACAGCUGAAGGUGCACAAGUGUGCCGAGGAGAGCAGGUUGAUGUGUGAUUGUGAAACGGGAAGACACAAGAGACGGGGGGAGAACUGAAAGCAGGAGCGUUCAUCUCUUAUCGAGCAUCUUUGAGAAGCUGAGCCAGACGAACAGAGAACAUGGCCAACAUCACAAACACCAUCCACCCAAGUAGACUCCCUGAGGCACUCCCUCUGUCCCGCGUCUCCCUACAGGUACAAGAAGUCUACCCCUUCCACGAUGGCUGGAACGUUGCCUGUUUCAUCAUCCUUCUGCUUUUCAUCCUCACUGUCCUUUCCCUGGCAGCCUUGGCUGUCCUCUACGAGCUACUGGACUGUGGGUGCUGCACUAAAGGGAAAACACACCACCAGCUACAGGAGGAGGGGCCAGGAAGCUGUGGCAAGCUCAUGACCAACAUUUGCAAGGAGCCAGAAUCCCACACUGAGGUGGUAUAGAGGCAACAGAGAUAAAGGAAAAUAGAAUUUUAGGUCUCACUGGAAAAAAGAGGCAAAAAAGGACUAAAACGGUCAGACUGUGGAAAAAUCUAAUAAUGGUAAUAUAAUGACCAGGAUUUUCUUUUUCCAAUUUCAAUCAACAGGAUAUUUUCCUGCACCUACUGUAAAAAUGUAUAUUACACAUGUAACGCUAGGAGAAAUAGAAAGCAUGACUGCUGACAGUGUUGCUUAAAAUUGUUUUGCCAUGGCAAUGAAUUUAUUUUUUUUUAAAUAUAAAAACAAGUCUGUGAAAGAAAGUCUUAUUUAAUUGACCAUUUUUCAGACUCAAAAGACUAUAUGGUUGCAUGCCCAAAAUUCUGGUGAUCACUGCUUUGGAAAACAAGUGUUUUUUCCUUUAACACAUUACCUGCUUGACAGUCAGUGACAUCAACAUAAAUACCACUGCUUCAUUAGCUCAAGACAAGUUUGGUAGCUGAACAGUGACAUAUUUUAUUGUGUCAGUCCUUAUGCCUUACUAGAAACUGCCUAAACAACCUUCACUAAAAUAUGUGGGUUUUUAUUCGCCGUUUAAAAACUGACUGGUGCUUGGCAUGUAAAUUGUGUGGGAAUAUUUUGUUGGAACUGUUUGCAUGUAUAAAAUUAUACAAUCUGUAAGGUUUCCAAUGGAAAGAUCAGAUUCCUGCUGUAAAUAACUUUAGAUGAGCUUUCCAAAGCCUGCUGAUUGCAUCUGCCAACAACUCAUUUAUUAAGAGACCAUCUUCAACAAAGAGUGUCAGUGUGUUAUUAAAAUGUAAUGUCCAGGUCAUUUUACUCUCAAUAAAUUCCCACUUCACAGACAA